AUGGAGUCCAAGUACAAAGAUGGUCACCAAACAACCGAGUCUGAGGUCACUGGCAUGCUUAUUGCUGCUCUCUUUGCCGGUCAGCACACUAGUUCCAUCACUUCCAUCUGGACUGGGGCAUACCUCCUCCGUCACAAGGAAUACAUGACUGUUGUGUUGGAUGAGCAGAAGAACCUGAUGAGAAAGCAUGGGAACAAGGUUGAUUAUGAUAUCUUGUCUGAGAUGGAAGUCUUGUAUCGCUCACAUAGCGAUUUUAGUGUUACAACCAAUGAAGGGAAAGAGUAUGACAUUUCGAAGAGCCAUAUUGUGGCCACAUCUCCUGCUUUUGCCAAUCGACUUCCACAUGUAUAUAAGGAUCCAGAUUCAUAUGACCCUGACAGGUUUUCUCCUGGGAGAGAAGAAGAUAAGGUAACUGGGGCAUUCUCUUAUAUAUCUUUUGGUGGUGGCAGGCAUGGUUGUCUUGGGGAACCAUUUGCAUAUCUGUAG